AUGUGCCACUUUCAGGUCUCCUCACACUGCUGGUGUGUUCCAUUUUUUGUCAUAGGGUGCUGGCAGAUUACGGGCCUCCCAUAGCUGCUGCCAGGCCCCUAAUCUGCCAUGGGCCCCUGUACCGCCUCCUCAUGCUGCUGCCAGGCCCGUAAUCUGUCAUGGGCCCCCGUACCGACUCCUCAUGCUGCUGCCAGGCCCGUAAUCUGUCAUGGGCCCCUGUACCGCCUCCUCAUGCUGCUGCCAGGUCCAGAGUGUGUCAUGGGUCCCUGUACGGCCUCCCAUUGCUGCUGUCUCCAUCGCCACACUCUGCCAUGUGCCACUUUCAGGUCUCCUCACACUGCUGGUGGGUUCCAUUUUGUCAUAGGGUGCUGUAUGGCCUCCCAUUGCUGCUGCCUCCACCGCCACACUGUGGCUCCACACUCUGGUUUUGGCCCCGUGACUGCCCAAAUGAGUGAAGUGUGCGGUGAUUCUAAGAUCGACGGCACUCAUCUGCAUGUCAUACUGACUGACAGUAUUAUUUAUCUUCCCCAGCAGACUCCAAGGGCAUUUAAAUUAAAGGUACAGUGUUCUGCACUAAUGUAA